AUGAAAGAAACAAUCUCUGAGAAACUUGAGAAAUAUUUCUUUAACCUUCAAUAUGAAGAUUAUGAUAAGGCUGACCAAAAACUUAUUCAGCUUUUAUCUUUAGAAACUAAAGAAUGCGAAGAAUUGUAUCAAAAAGAACCUAAACUUUUUGAUCAAUAUUUUAGAAUGACUAAAAUAGAUGAACCUGAUACUGAAUCAGAACAAGAAGAUAACUUUAAAACUAAUACAAAGACUGUUAAGUUCGAAUAUUCAGAUAUGGAAGAUGAUGAAGCAGAAUCUUCUUAUACAGCCACAAGAAGAGGCAAUAAAAAGAAAUAUGAGUUCAAAAUGCCUGUACACAAUGGAAAAUACUUCAAAAAACCUUCAAAAGAAUCACCUAAGAAGACUACUUCCUGUCCACAAGGAAAGAAAAAAUGUAGAUGUUGGAUCUGCAAUGAAGAAGGACACUAUGCCAAUGAAUGUCCAAAUAGAAAAAAAUACCCUGACAAAGUCAAGGUUUUACAAACCGCUAAUAAUGGAGGUUAUGAAGCUCUUGAAGAGGAGUAUGAAGGUAUACAACAUGUCUUUACAUUUCAUGUUGAAACUGAUUCUUCAUCAACUUCUGAUGAAAACGAAUCAACCACGGAUGACUCAGACUAG